UGAAGAUGCUCGGCUUAUCCAAGGGUGCUGCGAAAAAGAUUGGAAAGAAAGUUAAGCGAUGCCAACUGCUGAUUGCAAAAGAUGCAGGAAUUCAGUUCACGGAAGAGCCAACCGAAUUCUUGGUGGUGUGCAACGCCGGACUCUCGACCGGUCUGGAACAGGAAAGGUUGCUGAAGGAAGUCCUUCUGCACGUUGGUCAAGUGCAGGCAAUAUUAAUGCCUCCUGGGAAAUCCUAUUGCUAUCUGCGUUUGGCGUCGAAUGGUGCCGCUGCAACGGUGUAUAACGCCAUGAAUGGAAUUUGCCCUCUAGGGCAAGAUGGAGCGGUCCUGCUGCUGGCAUUUUGCUGUGGUUUUCCCUGCUGCUUGAUCAAUCCUUGGAAUGCACCGAUGCCUGAGGGAUUGAUUUUGGUGCGAGAUUUCGUCGACAAACAGCUGGAGCAGGAGCUACUCAGUGCGGUAGACUUUGGCGUGACUCUGGAAGACAUUUCCGAGCAAAAAGUAACAAAUGCCUUAAAAAACCGUAAAGUGAAGCAUUACGGUUACGAGUUUCUUUAUGGAACGAAUAACGUGGAUAAGACAAAACCAUUACUUGACCACAAGAUACCGAGUGCCUGCGAUGGGUUGUGGGAAAAACUACGAGCCUCACACCCCAACCUCUGUUGGCACGUUCCGGAUCAGAUGACGGUUAAUCAGUACGAGCCGGGACAAGGCAUUCCGGCACAUGUUGAUACACACAGUGCCUUUGAGGAUCCGAUACUGUCACUCUCGCUCGGAAGCGACAUCGUAAUGGAGUUCAAACAUGCCGCAUCCGGUCGCCAAGCGUUCGUGGAUUUGCCCGCCCGUUCCUUACUGAUCAUGUCUGGCGAGAGCCGCUACAUUUGGACGCAUGGUAUUACACCCCGUAAGCUGGACACUAUUUUGGUUCCCGAUGGAAGCGGGCUGACUAUACGGAAGCGCCAACGGCGUAUUUCGUUAACAUUUCGCAAGCUCCGUCUUAGUGAGCGGUGUGACUGCGCUUUUUCCGAUUGCUGCGAUUCAAAAAAGCGAACUACGUUUGCACAUCAGGCAGACUUACUGGAGACUCAUGCCGCUCUGGUUGAGGCAGAAAAUGUUCAUCGGGUGUACAACCAAAUAGCGAAACACUUUAGCGAUACACGGCACUCGCCAUGGCCGAGAGUUGAAGCCUUUCUGCAAACACUAAACGUCGGUGACGUGCUACUUGAUGUUGGAUGUGGAAAUGGAAAAUAUUUAGGAUCAAAUUCAUCGGCCUUCAUGUUGGGCUGUGAUCGUAGUGAUGGGCUGCUACAGGUGUGCGCAGAUCGAGGUUUUAACGUGCUUCAGUGUGAUUGUCUUGCCUUACCGGUACGGGAUGGUUCCGCGGAUGCCUGCAUCAGCAUUGCCGUGCUACAUCACCUGGCCACAAAAGCCCGACGCCGUAGGGCGAUUUCGGAAAUGAUACGCGUACUGCGCACCGGUGGACGGGCACUGAUUUAUGUGUGGGCCAAAAAUCAGGAAGAAAACGCCAAAAAGUCAAGCUAUCUACGACAAAAUAAGCAAAACAACAAACCAAAACCGGUAGAGAAUCCCGAACAGCAGACGGUGGCUUCAUCGAUUGCUGCGGUGGAAUGCGUUGCAGGAAUGCCGGAAUGUACACUACCCGUGCAUACGAAUCGGACUCCAUUCCAGCAUCAAGAUCUGCUAGUGCCAUGGAAACUGCGAACAGAAAGCAACGAAGAAGCCGAAAAACAAACGUUUCUUCGUUUCUACCACGUGUUUGAAAAGAACGAAUUGGAGCAAGUGUGCCUUGAUAGCGGCGAUAACAAUGUACAAAUUGUUGAAAGCUUCUACGAUCAGGGUAAUUGGUGUGUUGUAAUGGAAAAAAUGUAGGGCCAAUGUCGGUUAGGAUACCGUAAAUCCGAUUCAGCACUGUUGGUUGCUUCCGAAAUUCCUCGUCAAUAGAUUGCUGAUUACGAAUCAAGUCUUGGUACUCCU